AUGGGCGGUUCACUCUGGAUUUCCCAUGGUGCUACUGAAGCGUUGUUCAGAGGAAGGAGCUUCAUCGCAGUUCUUCCUCUGGUUUUGUUGUUGCCAACAGUAAGAGUCAGUGCUCAGUUAAUAGGAAGCCCUCUGGACUGCCACAAGACGUGUAUGUGUGCCAGCAACAUCAUCAGCUGCUCCAAGGUGAAUCUAACCAACGCUCCCACCGCUCUUCCACAAUACACAGCUGUUCUGGACCUCAGCUUCAACACCAUCACCAGGCUACGUGCUGAGUGGACCCCCGUCGCGCUAAGGAGACUACACAGCCUGCUACUGAGCCACAACGGCCUCACCUUCCUCUCCUCUGAGGCCUUUGUGAAUGUGAAAAAUCUUACAUACCUGGACCUUUCCUCUAAUGGCAUCCGCCAGCUGGACGAGUAUAUUUUUGAGCCGCUUGAGCACCUUAAGGUGCUCCUGCUUUACAGCAACCGCAUCUCUCAGAUAGAUCGCACUGCCUUCUCUGGCCUCAGCAGCCUGCAGAAGCUUUACCUGAGCCACAACCAGAUCUCACGCUUUCCCUUGGAGCUGGUGAAGGAGCGGGGCUGUCUGGAAACUCUUAGACUGCUAGAUGUGUCCUCCAAUCGAAUCAAAGCCCUGCCCAUCAAUGACCUUCAGGCUCUGCCCGCCUGGAUCAAGAAUGGCCUGUACUUCCACAACAACCCUCUGCCCUGCAACUGUGAGGUGCAUGAAUUGGUGGGACGCUGGUUCUUCAAGGAGCUCAGCUCUGCCAGGGACUUCAGGGGCAGCCACACUUGUCUGUUACCAGGCCAGCAGAAAGAGAAAAUGGCCAUUCUGGAUCUGAACAAGGUCUAUUUGAACUGCAGUGAGGUCACAGUUAUGGAAAAAAUAGCCUACCUGGAGCAGUUCCUGGUCCUGGACUGUGACACCAGGGAGAGGAACAUGGUGAAGAAUUGGGUGCUACCUGGAAACAUCACGGUGUCUUCAGCAUGCAAGACUGCUGUGAUGCGUCCCGAUGAUGGCAGUCUCAAAAUUGGGCCCCUGACGGCGGAGGACUCUGGGGUCUACGCCUGCUAUGCCACCAGUGACUCCUUCAAUGAGACGUUGUAUAUAACCGUAAUGGUGUUUAAUUCCACCGAGAAUGGGGGGCUGGAGAACCUAAAAACGGCCUAUACCACCCUCAUAGCAUGUCUGAUCAGCUUAGUUAUGGUUCUCAUCUACCUCUAUCUCACACCCUGCCGCUACGCUUGUUGUCCAGGUCAGGGUCUGGAGAAAAGUGACCCCAUAGACAGCCUCCACUCAUCAACUGUUAGCAUCGCUCACGCACACCUGGAGACGGGGAAUGAAAGAGUGGAAGGCGGAGGCUUCCCCAACAGACAUGGGGCCUUUCUCCAACCUAAGGACCAGCUGGAGCAGAACGGGAGGUUGAACCCAAUAGGAGAGGAGGACGAGGUGUGGCAGGGGGACAACAGGGAGAGAAGGGGUUCUGACGCCGAGUCUGUCAGCUCUGUGUGCUCCGAUACCCCCAUGGUGGUGUAAAAGUAAAUGGCAACGCCCGAAGGGUAAGACAUUGAUGUGUCGACCCAUGUGGCUGCUACACAAAGAAACGUAGGCGUUGAAUGUGUGCAAGAUUCAAAAGUUAAAGCUUUAGUGUCAGAUCCAUGUCUUGAUAAAAGACAAGUUAGAAGCACCACAAAACAUUCUUAUAAUGCAGGGGAAAGUGGUUAUAAUACUUUGUGACCUAAAAUAUUUUGAUGAUUGCGCUUAUUUCAGUUGUCACACAGGAUGCAAGUGUUUGUUCUAUUACUUAACUUAAAUUGUCUUUCAAAAAAUGCAAAUAAUGCUCUUAGUUUUUUCAAAAGUGUCACCUUUAUGGCAAACUAUUUGCUGGCCCUGCAACAAAUUGCUGUGCGCUUAAGAACAUAACAGUUUAAAAUGUGUUUUGCAUUUUUGAUGGAAGUCCCUCAAAAUAUAUAAACAAAAACUCGUAGCACUAAUUACUUAGAAGAAACAAACAGCAUGAAAUCAGCUUGCUUCUAUUUAAACUGAGGCUGCACUUUGGAUCAAAUUCAUCCAGCUUUUUUGAGCACUGGGGAUCAUGAAGCUACAAAGAUUGGAAGUUUGAAAGAUGUUGGACAAAAGUUGCUGCUUGAAAGAGAAGCUAUUUUUAUGCAGAGCUUUCAGAGCUCACCUUAUUAUCACUGUAAGAUGUUUAAAAAUUAUGCUAUGUUUUACAUUCCUGUUUGGAUUACUCUUAUGCAAUUUGAUCUAUUUAUAUUAUUUUUUAUUUGAGUCUGAUUUAAUUAAUAAUAUGUGUGUUUGCAGUAACUGAGCUUCUGUUGA